AUGGAGGCCUAUGAAGCAGGUCCUUCGGAAGCAAUGGAUGUGGACCAGCAACCCGCCCAAACUAACGGAGAAUUUCCUGCACCGGUCCAGCGUGGACCUCGUGCAUUAUCGGUCCCCAUGAAGCACCCCGGCCUUACCGUCGGCUUUGUAUACUCUACAGAAAUGAUGGCCCAUUUCUCUCCACAAGGUCAUCCAGAACGGCCAGCUCGCAUAGAUCGGAUAUGGAAUACAUUACAAAACGACCAACUUACUCAAAAUAUGAAGUGGUUGCCAAUCCGGCCCGUUCGUAAAGAGGAAGCUUUACUUGUACAUAGCGACGAUCAUUGGGACAAAGUUAUCGCAAUUCAAUACAUGUCCGAUCAGCAACUCGCCGAUUCUGAGGAAUACUAUGAACAAAUGUCAUUGUAUGUUAUGUCUGGAACCACUCGCGCUGCUCUAUUAAGCUGUGGUGGGGUGAUUGAAUCAUGUUUGGCUGUCGCCAGAGGUGAAUUAAAGAAGACAUUUGCUAUCGUACGGCCACCAGGCCACCAUGCUGAACCCGAUGAGCAUAUGGGCUUCUGUUUCUUUAACAACGUCGCUGUAGCCGCUAGAGUCGUGCAACAGCUAACGAAGAUAAAGAAAAUUAUGAUUCUCGACUGGGAUGUUCAUCACGGCAAUGGUACUCAAAGGGCAUUCAACGAAGAUAACAGCGUUCUCUACGUUUCAAUACAUCGGUAUGAGCAAGGUACUUACUACCCAUGUGGUCCUUUCGGUGGAAUGCAGUCGUGCGGCGAGGGCCCCGGCCUCGGGUUCUCAGUCAACGUACCAUGGCCUGAAGCGGGCAUGGGAGACGCCGACUACCUUCAUGCCUUUCAGAAAGUUGUUAUGCCGAUUGCGAUGGAGUUUGCUCCUGAACUGGUGAUAAGCAAGUGUCAUUUCUUUUGCUUCAACGUCGCGAUCGCUAAACCGCCCACUGUAUAUAUAGUCUCUGCAGGCUUCGACGCAGCUGCUGGCGACGACCUUGGAGAGUGCUUCGUUUCUCCUGCGGGGUACGCACAUAUGACGCAUAUGCUGUCUGGAUUGGCUGGCGGUCGGUUAGUUGUCGCCUUGGAGGGUGGAUACAACUUGGACUCAAUAUCGAAUUCUGCCUUAGCUGUUGCAAGAAUUCUGAUGGGGCAAGCUCCCGACGAGCUUCCGCCUCUCGUUGCAUCUGAAGCCGCAACGGAAACCGUUUGGCUAGUCGCCAGGGAGCAGAGCAAGUAUUGGAAGAGCGUUGAUCCAAAAUCAUGCGAGCCUCAGGAAGGCCUAGAAGACAUAACCUUCUCGAUACCAGAAAUCCUCAAAGCACACAGGCAACACUACCUAUAUACCCAGUAUGACAUGAUGCAAGUCCCUUUGAUUAGUGCGGAACUCGAGCAGCGCUUCUCUUCACAAAUCAUGUGCACGUCAGAUAUAUUCGAAAACAAAACACUAAUAGUCUUUGUUCACGAAUUUGGUAAUCUGCGACUAGAAUUAGCGUCAUCCGCCACUUGCGAUGUCCACCUAGAGCGCUCCCACUUGAUUGAUUUCUCAAAAAAGCUUGUGACAUGGGUGAAAAAAGAGGGUUAUGCGUUGCUUGACGCAAACUUAUAUCCAAAACCGAGCCAAGCGCCUGUCACAAGAGGAAAUAAAAAUCCGCAAGACAUCGGGAGAGAUAUCAUUACAUAUUUAUGGGACAAUUACAUUCAGCUUUCCAGCGCGACUCGGGUGGUAUUUAUUGGUCACGGUCCUGGUUGUCAACCUUUGGUUGAACUCGUUGACCGACGGGCUCUAUCUGUUAUUAAGUCGGUGAAGGCAUUUGUUCAAAUCGUCGGACCCCAAAUACAACCUACGGCACCUCAACCGUCAUCUGAUGAGAUCCGCGCUUGGUAUAAAAAGCACUCUCUUGUGAUUUUGCCAGAGAAUCACCCCUUCAUUGGCCCCUCCGCCAAGUCAUUCAACUUAAAACGACACGGGACUUUGGUUCCGAUACAGGAGUCCCAGCAAGUCAAGAUGGUCAUCCAAGCCCUCCCCGGAGUCCAGGAGUUUGUAAGGGAAAACUUGCAGCGGUACCCAUUAUCCGACACGACACAUACGAAUAAUCUCGCCAGGCCUUACUAG